CGCUCAACACAGUUUCAUGCAACCUUCUGAUCUAUCGGUACUGCUCAUACAUUAUCAAAGCACCAUACAAUAAUCUAAACUGCUUGUAAMCAUGGCCGUCACAUUACAGCAACGAUUAGACGCUGCGAAAAAAGAGGUAUGUCGCACGUGCAGUAGCUUUCAGAGAAAAAAUGGAUGGAGAUUUGUGCUGUUACUUUUAUUUACGGUUCAACGAAGAGAAACGAUUGGGUUAGUGCGUGCAGUUCAUCUGCCAGUGAAUAUUUUCCUAUUCUCUUUUUGACAGCAUCACUGUGAUUGAUUCUGGACAUUUGGGAAACGAAUUUGAGCUAGAGAAAAGAUUCGUGAACACGGCAACACAAUGCUUCCGGGCGUUCAAUAUUGCAAAACAAAUAAUGAACGUCUGUGGACGAACAGAAUGAGCAAGGAAGUUGAUCAUGAAAUGGAGCCCUGCAAUGUCACGGUGUUAAAUCAUGUGACAUAGUAUACAAGACGGUUAUAUGCAUGCGGUAGACUGUGUUUAAUUGCUUUCGUGUGUUCUGUCCGAAAGAGACGCGGAAAGAGGUCCGAACCUGAAAGAGUCAUAUGAAAAUUGGAAUCCACUGGCUCGAUAUCUUGCUAAGGAUGGAGUUAUACAUCAAUCCAUCGGGGGAUGACAGGGUAUGGCGUUUGCUGAAAUCAAUCCGCUAACUAGGCCACAGACUUGCCAAAUCAACAAACAUUGCUGUUGAAAAUCUUGAGAAGUGUCAAGUCACCGCUAACUUUACUUUCAUGUUGUUUGUUUCACAGAUUGCCUCUCUGAACGCCAAGAUCGAAAAUACUCUCCAAAGUAAGAGCGAUGGAACUCUGGUUGCCGCCGCGAAAGAGGUAACUUUAGCACCCAUCCGUGGGCCACCCUCCAAAGUGAAAUGCCGCCGAACUCUCAAGGGUCACUUUGGAAAGAUCACAGCACUCGAUUGGAGCACCGACGGAACCACAGUGGUGUCAGCCAGUCAGGAUGGAAAUCUCCUACUUUGGGAUGCGUUGACAACCUCAAAGAAGAUGGACAUUCGUUUAAAGUCGGCGUAUGUCAUGAGUGUGUGCAUGGAUAAAAGUGGCCAGUAUGUUGCCGCCGGUGGCUUGGACAAUGCCUGCUCGAUCUACAGUGUCGGUGGCACAGAUCAAGCGCAGCUGAAGACAGAACUGGUCAGUCACGAAGGAUAUUUAGCCGACUGCAAAUUUUUUCAUUCUCCGUCUAAAAUGCUGACAGCGAGUGCGGACGCCACCGCUCUUUUGUGGGACGUCGAAAAGGGCCAAAUUAUCGACACAUUUCAAGAACACAAGUCCAACCUCACGGAGAUUCAAUUGGUAGAGCAGGACAUGUAUUUGUCGUGCAGUACUGAUAUGACCAUCAAGCUAUGGGACGUGCGCUGUGCGAAGGAGGGGAGCGUCCAGACCUUCACUGGUCACGCAGGGGAUGUCAACGGCAUUACUAUGCUCCCGAACACUGAGGGUGCCUUUUCCUCCUGCUCGGAAGAUGGAACUGCCCGUAUCUGGGACAUUCGUUCUUAUGGAGAGGUUGCAUCUUUCGGACAACUCGUUCAACAAUCCGAACGGGAUCCCUUCUCGGAUGACGAUGCAGGCUUUACCUCCAUCUCGGCCUCCUACAGUGGACGCCUGGUCUUUUGCGGUCACUCAGAAGGCUCGGUCUGGUGCUACGAUAUUUUUUCAGGAAACAAAAACCCAGCGUACAUUCUUGGAAACGUUCACGAGGAACACAUUUCUUGUGUAAAAGUAUCACCUGUCGGAGAAGUCCUCUGUACUGGAUCGUGGGACUUUAACCUCAAGCUUUUUGCUUAGAAGACGAACUAACCAACAACGCAGAUGGAUUUCUACUUCUCUAAAUGCACACACUUGCUAUAGCGACCCUCGGAAAGUAGACUCGUUCUGCGGAGCAAUGGAAGCCACGUCCCGAAUUUACUAUACAAGAGAAGAAUGACAAGAAAGAGCAAUGCGGAAUGUCAAAAAUGACGUAGUCAAAAAGAAAAGAACCACGGGACGAAUUUUGAGCGGCGCCCCGAUAGAAUCCUAGAGAAUUCCUUGAUUCGGAACUACGAUACCAAUUCCUCCGUGCUGAAUUCGAAAGCUUGUAAAUUAUUGCAUUUUGACAUUACCUUGAAAUAUAACCAUUCGACAAUU